AUGUUAAUCCAAGAAAAGAAAAAGGCAGCCCAAGACCGAAAUAAGAGUUAUGUUGAUCUGAAAAGAAGGGAUGAAGAAUAUCAAGUGGGAGGAAAAGAGUUUUUGAAGAUUUCACCCAUAAAAGGGGUAACGAGGGUUGGGAAGAAAGGGAAGCUAAGCCCAAAAUACAUAGGGCCAUAUGAGAUCAUCCAGAAAGUGGGAAAAUUGGUAUAUAAUUUGGAUUUGCACAAUGAUUUGGAAUGGGUUCACAAUGUGAUCCAUGUGAGUCAAAUUCAAAAGUAUGUACCUGAUGUGACACAUGUGUUACAACCUGAAACCAUUGAAAUGGAUGAGAAUUUGACCUAUGAGGAAAGACCAGUGAAGAUUUUGGAUACUAAAGUGAGAAACAAGAGAAACAAGGAUGUGAGAAUUGUGAAAGUGUUAUGGCCGAACCAUAAAACUAAGGAGGCUACAUGGGAAGCCAAGGCUGAUAUGUGA